AUGGCGGCGACGGUGCGGUUCGGGCUGCUGGUGGCGAUGCUCCAGGCCAUGUCGCGGGACCGCACGGCGGCGAAGAAGCGGGGCCGGCUCCGCGCGCUCCUCGACCGCGCCUACGGGCCCAGCGGCAGGGACGACUACUUCAGCGCGCUCCGCCUCGUGCUCCCGGGGCUCGACCGGGAGCGCGGCUCGUACGGGCUCAAGGAGGCCGCUCUGGCGUCAGUCCUCGUCGACGCCCUCGGGAUAGCGAAGGACUCGCCCGACGCCGUCCGCCUCACCAACUGGCGGCGCGGGGGCAGCUUCCGCAACGCCGGCAACUUCGCACUCGUCGCCGCCGAGGUGCUGCAGCGGAGACAAGGAAUGACUUCUGGAGGAUUGACGAUAAAAGAGGUGAAUGACGCACUUGAUCGCCUUGCUGCAACUGAGAAUAGGUCUGAGAAGGCUUCGAUUAUUUCUAGUCUGAUCAAGAAAACCAAUGCCCUUGAAAUGAAGUGGCUCUUGAUGAUUAUUCUGAAAGAUUUGAAAUUGGGGAUCAGUGAGAAGAGUGUGUUCCAUGAGUUUCAUCCUGAUGCUGAAGACUUGUUCAAUGUCACUUGUGAUCUGAGGUUGGUCUGUGAAAAGCUUAACGAUCGAAGUCAGAGGCAUAAACGUCAGGAUAUAGAAGUGGGGAAGGCUGUCAGGCCUCAGCUAGCUAUGAGAGUCAGUAAUGCCUCAUCUGCUUGGAAGAAGCUUCACGGAAAACAAGUGGUUGCUGAGUGCAAAUUUGAUGGUGACCGUAUUCAAAUUCACAAGAAUGGGGAGGAGAUUCAUUUCUUCUCAAGGAGCUUUCUUGAUCACUCGGAAUAUGCACCUGGAAUGUCCAAAGUUAUCAAGGAACAUGUCUUGGUUGAUAGGUGUAUUUUGGAUGGAGAAAUGCUUGUUUGGGAUACUGUGCUUAACCGGUUUGCAGAAUUUGGUUCAAAUCAGGAGAUAGCAAAGGCUGCAAGGGAGGGGCUGGAGAUGGAUAGACAGUUGUGCUAUGUUGCUUUUGACAUUCUUUAUGCUGGAGACACCAGUGUUAUCCACCAAAGUUUGACAGAGCGGCAUGAAAUUCUGCGUAAAGUCAUCAGUCCUUUGAAGGGCCAUCUCGAAAUAUUAGUUCCAACAGGUGGUCUGAACAUGCAUCGUCCACCAGAUGAACCAUGCUGGUCCAUCUUUGUGCGCAAUCUUGAUGAUGUGGAGAAAUUCUUCAAGGACACUGUUGAUAACAGAGAAGAGGGAAUUGUAUUAAAGGACCUUGAGUCCAAGUGGGAACCCAGUGACCGGAGUGGAAAGUGGCUUAAAUUAAAGCCUGAUUAUAUACAUGCUGGUGCUGAUCUGGAUGUUAUUAUUAUAGGUGGAUAUUAUGGCUCAGGACGUCGCGGAGGAGAGGUUGCCCAGUUUUUAGUCGGUCUUGCAGUGCCUUCAGAUGACAAUAGCUAUCCCAAAAGGUUUCUUUCCUUUUGUCGAGUUGGUACUGGUCUUUCUGAUGAAGAGCUUGAUGCUCUUAUCACCAAAUUGAAGCCUCAUUUCAGGAAAAAUGAGUACCCCAAAAAACCACCCAGAUUUUACGAAGUGACAAACCAUUCAAAGGAAAGGCCAGAUGUUUGGAUAGAAAGCCCUGAUAAGUCAGUCAUAAUAUCCAUAACAAGUGAUAUUCGAACAAUCAAAUCUGAGGUAUUUGCUGCCCCAUACAACUUAAGGUUCCCGCGCAUUCAAAGGGUGAGAUAUGAUAAGCCAUGGAAUGAGUGCCUUGAUAUUCAGGCAUUUGUGGACAUAGUACAUUCAAGUAAUGAGACAACUCACAGGGCAGCAGAUGAUGAUAGUGGUCUGAAAAAUGUUAAGUUAAAACAGCCGAGAACAAACAAAAAGGGGGAGAAAAAGAAUGUGUCAAUUAUCCCUUCACGUCUUAUGAAGACUGACAUUUCAGGCCUAAAGGGAGAAACACUAAUAUUUGCAAACACAAUGUUCUAUUUUGUCAACAUUCCUCCAUCAUAUAAUCUUGACUAUUUUCAUAAACUGGUUGUGGAGAAUGGCGGAUCUUUCUCGAUGAAUCUUAAUGACUCAGUUACUCAUUGCAUAGCAGCAGAGAAGAAAGGUAUCAAAUAUCAGGCAGCCACACGGCAGGGAAGGAUCAUUCAUUAUUCCUGGAUCUUAGACUGUUGCAAAGAAAAAUGUCUUCUUCAUUUGCAGCCUAAGUAUAUUCUCUUUCUCGUGGAUUUUGCGAGGCACAAAUUUCCUGAAGAGAUCGACUCAUAUGCUGACUAUUUCUACUGGGACAUUGACAUUUCUGACCUCAAGCAGAUUUUCAGCAACAUGGACAGAGCCGUUGUUGAUUCAAACAUGGUACAUCACUACAAAAAGAAGUACUACACAGAUGAGAGAUUCUUCUUCUUCCAGGGUUGCUGUGUCUACUUCUACCAUGCACCCUUGGUGAAUGCGGACUACAAUGUAAUAUCUGAUCUUGCACUGAAGAGGGUGAAGCAGGAUCUUACCAUGCAUGGUGGUGAAGUUUGUAGCAUUCUUGCUCCUGCUACUCAUUUAAUUAUAGUUUCAGUUCUAGAAGCCUACAAUUUUGACAUGUUGUACAAGAGCUUCCUUCCUUCUGAGAGGCGUUAUCUACAUGACAAAAGGUUGCAUGUUGUCAGUAACAAGUGGUUGGAAGAUUCAGUGGAAAAACAAAGAAAGCUGCCUGAAACCACUUACAGCCUUAAACCAGAUACAUUAGAGGAAAUAGAAGUUGAAAGAAGUGAGGAAACUGUUCAGCCUUCUAAUCACAAGCAUGAGGAAAAUGAGGAGAUUGAUAGAUCCCAUGUUAAUCAUGUACCGAAGAAAAGGGGAAGGCCAUCUAGUAGUACCUCCAGAGCCGCAAAGCUUGCUCCUAGACCAGUCCGAAGAACACGACCUAGAAAAGGAAAUCAACAUGCAAAAAUAGAUGAUGUUGAACCUGAAGAAAGCGGGCAUGGUGAAACAGGCCAAGAUGAUCAAAUACCGGACACUGAUAACAUCUCUAAAAUGGAACAAGAUGGCUUUGACAAAGACCAAGUUUCUCCUAGACCAGUCCAAAGAUCAAGGGCUAGGAGAGGAAAGCGGCAUGCCAAAAUCGAUUAUGGUGGAUCUGAAGAAAAUGAUCCUGGUGCAACAGGACAGGAUGAUCAAAAGUUCGAUGCAGAUUACAUCUCUAAGAUAGAAGAAGAUAGCAAUGACAGAGACCAGGGAUCCCAUCCGGCUGCUCCUAGGGUGCUCCGAAGAUCAAUGCCUCAAAGAGGAAAGCGGCAUGCAAAAAUAGAUUAUGGUGAAUCUGAAGAAAGCAGUCCUGGUGAAACAGCUCAAGAUGAUAAGUUGGACGCAGAUUCCAUCUAUAGAAUGGAAGAACAUAACCGUGACAAAUAUCAAGAACCACCUCCAGGUGCCCAGUUUAUCACAUUGGAUGAGCAAGAGGCCAAAGGAAUCAAAAUAAGUACCAUGGAGACACCAAGCGACCGGCAGCAUGAAAUCAACGACGCAGUUGUUAGAACAGGGACUUCUGAGGCAACCAGUAGCGCAACAUGUGCGAAGAUGGAACAAAUGGUUGAUCCACUGCACGCAAUGCUUCUGGACAUGAUUCCAUCGCUUAGGCAGACGAAGACAGAAGAUAGUAACAGGGUUCCCGAAGCCAAAGCUGAGAAGAAUCCACCUUGGGCAGGAAGUUCUACACCUAACUAUGAGUUUCCAGUACCAGAGGCAACGAGUUCUGGGCCUAAUUCUAGCGUUCCAGCACCACAUGCAGGAAGUUCCACACAGAGUAACGGGGUUCCGGCCCCAGACCCUACUGCUGGUGCUCCAAAGAAGAAAAAGGUCAGCUACAAAGAUGUCGCCGGUGAACUUCUGAAGGAUUGGUGAGAAAUACUGAAUACUCUGCACUGUUCUGUAGGCUGGCCAAUGUUUGUGAAUAUCCUUAGUCUUAGCUAUGAGCCUGUGAACAUGACGGUUAUGACAAGAACUGCGCUGUUUAGUCGAAAAUGUGACAUAUCCUGUGUCGGUGUUGCCUCGUAUUUUUCUUUGCGUUCUCAGUGUUGAAUCAGAUUUCUUUGCUGCUGCUGCUUCUUCGUUGGUGUGAGAGUAGUUAGGCCCGUGCAACUGAGAUGGCAAUGGGUAAAUACUCAUCGGGUAUUGGUACCCCAUAUCUAUAUCCACCAGUAA